AUGAAACAAAGUGAAUACACAUUUAGUUUGAACACUGUCAGCUUCAACCCUGGCAUGGCGAUCCUGGCCAAGGCGAGCAUGUCCACGGCCGUCUUCCGCCCCGGUUUCGACAUCUCCAUCCCGCUCUUCCACAAGAACCACCCCGAGAAGGGCGGCGAGCCGGGCUUCGUGGCGUCCAACAACUUCCCGGCCGCCAAGAGGUACCUGCUGGCGUUCAAGGGCAAGCGCUACGUGCACGGCAUCGGGUCCGAGACGCGCAACUCGCUGUACCACCUGCACAACGAGCGCGACCUGGUGCUCGUCACCACCUGCAUCCACGGCAAGAGCUGGAAGGACCUCAAGGACGAGCGCUGCGACGAGGACAACGCGGAGUACGACAGGUGA